AUGACAACUGGUCAAAGUGGACACGACCAUUCUCUCGCUAUCAGACAGGAAAUACAACGUUUUGAGAGCGUUCAUCCGUCGAUAUAUGCCAUUUAUGAUUUGAUAGAGCUUGUGCCCGAUGCGCACAUCGCUAAACAAAUUCGCGAGCAUGUUGUAGCAAUAGAGGAUUCCUUCGUCAACAGCCAUGAAUGGACAUUGGCAAGAGAUGUUCCUGAAUUACAUCUGGGAAUUAUUGGUUCCUCAGACUCAGGAAAGUCAGCUCUGGUUCAUAGAUAUCUUACAGGGUCCUUCAUGCAUGAAGAAUCACCAGAAGGUGGUCGUUUUAAAAAGGAAAUCUUUAUAAAUGAUCAGAGUUACCUUCUCUUGAUAAGGGAUGAGGGUGGUGUCCCAGAGGCUCAAUUUUCAGCUUGGAUAGAUGCUUUAUUACUUGUAUUCAGCUUAGAAAAUGAAGAGAGUUUCUCUAUAGUUUGCAGUUUUUACAAUAGAAUGUGUUCUUUCCGGAAUAUGUCAGAAGUACCAAAAAUACUUGUAGGUGUACAAGAUUCGAUUAACGACAGCAAUCCUCGUGUCAUAAAAGAUGUCAGACCACGAAAACUGGCUUGUGAUUUAAGAUGUCCUUAUUAUGAAACAUGUGCUAUUUAUGGUUUAAAUGUUGAAAGAGUAUUUCAAGAUGUGUGUCAAAAAAUCAUACAGAACAUAUCGAUGAAGAAUUUUUCAUGCGAUUUAUGUCAACAUGCAUCAGAGAAUAAAGUUAAAUUUGCAGUCCCUGCUGUUACUAAAAACGUACAACUUCAUAACAAAGAUACAGAGAUCACAAAUUCAUUGAAAGUAAACGUUUCAGAAAAAGACGAGGAUUGUCGAUCCAUUCACAAUAGUUCUAUGUCAAACGAUUCGUCGUUGCUGAACGAUAAUUUUAAUAACGUACAGAAUCAACCUGGAGAACUGCGUUCAAUCUUGACACAAUAUGGAGAACAGCGUUCAAUCUUGACACCAACCACUCUUAGGAAAGUUAGAAGAAAAUCGAAUAUAUUUACACCUUCGAAAAAGGAGAAAUAUAUGGGUGAAAUGGGUGUUGGUAGAGAAAUACCAGUAAAACAAGGUUAUUUAUUUAAACGAAGCAGCAAGUCAUUGAAAGAAUGGAAGAAAAAAUACGUAACAUUAUUAGAAGAUGGGCGUUUGACUUAUCAUUCGAGUUUACAUGAUUACAUGAACGAUACUAAUGGCAAAGAAAUACUUUUGCAAUACGUUACUGUGAAAGUACCUGGUAAAACACCAAAAGGUUCCAAAUCAUACAAUGCUCAAGAAGAUAGUUUCGAAUUUUCCAUCAUUUCCUUGGAAAAUAAAACUUGGCACUUUGAAGCAAAUAAUGCUGAAGAGAGGGACAGAUGGAUUACCGCGAUAGAACAGCAAAUACUAUCAAGUUUACAGAAUAGCGAUGGUGAUAAGAAAAACGAGACUGAUGUUUUCAAGAUGCAUUGCAUAAAAAACAAAGUUUCGGGGAAUGAUACAUGCGUUGAUUGUGGUGCACCGAACCCCGAUUGGGCCAGCCUUAAUCUGGGCGUUUUGAUGUGUAUCGAAUGCUCCGGUAUUCACAGAAAUUUAGGUUCGCACAUAUCCAAGGUACGAUCCUUGGAUUUAGAUGACUGGUCCACAGGUCACCUAAGCGUCAUGCUGGCCCUUGGUAACGAUAUAGCUAAUAGUAUCUGGGAGUAUUGUUUAAACGGAAAGCAGAAGCCCGCUUCGGAUUCGUCUAGAAAAGAAAAGGAGCAAUGGAUCAGAUGGAAGUACGAAGAUAAACUCUUCUUGCCACCGAUCAACCCGAACAUAUCUUUAGGAAAAUUACUCAUCGAUUCGGUUUGUCGGGGAGACAUGAGAGCGUUUACAUUAUGUUUGGCUCGCUGUAAUUAUGAAGACAUUAAUAUUUCGGUUAGUACGGAAGAUCUGCGAACGCCAUUACAUCUAGUCUGUGCAACCGGAAAUUUGGCAAUGGCACAACUUUUAAUAUGGCAUAAAGCGAAUCCACAGAAUCUGGAUCACGAAGGACGAACUUGCAUGUCAUAUGUGCGAGCUUUGGAAAGAACGCUCGAUAAUUGGUCCGAUUCUAUGGAAAUGCAGAAAUUACUCCACGUGCUGGAACACACUACUGUCUCUGGGACGGACGACGUAGACACAUCUCAGUAUUAAAAAAAAAAGAUAUGCCUUAAUUUCCUUACCCGCAUUUUCUGAAUAUGUUGUUAAUACUGUGUACUUACUAUGAAAAACCAACACUUUGUUUAGUGACUCACUGAAGAAAGAAAAGCUUUUAAAUGAUAUUUAUCUCGCAAUCG